AUGUUAGGACGAUUAUUUAAACAAAAUAAUUCUAGUAAUCAAUCUCAUAACAUUCAUUCAUCUUAUUCUAUAAAUUCAAAUCAACAACAUCAUCACCAUCAACAUCAACAAUUUUCAAAUAAUACUUUUGAAGAUUCAUAUUCUAGAGAAAUAUUAUAUGGUACUCAUAAUAUAAAUCAAUUAAAACCUUAUAUAUUUAAUAACAAAUUAUUUCGAAUUAUUAUAUCACAAGAUGGUGGUAAUUUACGAAAUAAACAAAUCUUGUUUGAUACAACUAAUGAAAUUAAUAAUAAUAAUAGUCAUCACCAUCAACCUAGUAUACAAUUAACAGGUAAAAAUACAAUUAUUUUAAAAGCUUACCAUACCCAGUCUGAAUUAAAUGAUUAUAUGUUUGGAUGUGGUUUACCAAGUGUUGAAAAUCAAAGUAGUAUAAAAUUACAUUGUUUACCUCAACUAACAAACUCAAUUUAUGGAUCAUAUAAUGCUGUAAUGAUUACAAAAUUGUUUCUGAUUAAUGAUUUAGAUACUUUAGAAAAUACAAAAUUUGAUGAUGGAAAUGAUUGGAAACCCAUUCCAGGUUUAAUUAAAAAGGAAAUUUAUAAAAUUGAUUCAAAUGACACAGUUGCAAGUAGAUUUUCAAUUGGUUUGAUAAUACCUUUAGAAUCAAUAAAUUGUAUAAAUGAUGUGAUUAUAAAUAAUUGGCAAGAAAUAUUAUACUUUUUGAACCAUUUACAAAAGAUUAUAUAUAAAAAGAUAUUAACAACAUUAGAUCAUUCAAAUUGUAUAACAAAUAAAAGAAUUCAAUUACCUAUGAACAUUUUUCAUCAAGAUCAUGAUUUAAAUUUACAAUUUUUGAAAUUUAUAAAAUUGAUUCAUUAUAAUUAUAAUUUACCAAAGUUAAUAAACUCAAAUUAUUUGAUGAAGAAUUCUGAUUUUAAAGAUAAUCAUAAUCCAAUGUUGAUUAGUUGGGUAUUGGAAAUUUUAAAUUGGUUAGAAUUUAAAGAUGGUAAAAGUACAAAUUGUGAAUAUACUUUUAUUGCUAGUUUGAUUGCAUUAAUCUUACCAUUUAAAAAAUCACUAAGUGUUAAACCAUAUUACAAUUUAAAUUCAAAUACUAGAGAAGUUACAAGAAUAGUUGUUAUGACUGGUAAUCCAGUGGUUGCAAAAAAAUUAAUAUUUAUAUUAAAUGGUUUUAUACCACAAGAAGAUGAUAUAAAAAUUUCAGAAGAAUUAGAUUUAUCUGCUAAACCAAUACCAAUUAAAAAAGAUAAUAUACAAUCAUACUCCGCUUCAACUUCAUUUUCAAGUGAUAAUUCAUUAGCAACACCAUCAAGUAAAGGCUGGGAAAUUCCAAAUAAAUCUUCUACAUCAGUAACCACAGAAACUCCACGAAUACAAACAUCAACAAUGAAUAUACCAAUUAAUAAUUCCCUAAGUAAAUCACAAUCAUCAAUGGCAUAUUUAUCGUCAAGUUUAAAUUCAUCAUACUCAUCAACUCAAUCAAAUUAUUCAUUAUCUAAAUUUGGUUCAUUCAUGGAUAAAUGGAAAGGUCAAUUUCAACAAACACCAAAUUCAACAUCAAUGAGUAAUUAUUUUGAUGAAGUAUCCCCCAAUAUAUCAAAAAGGAAUUCAGUCCAUUCAUUAAGAACUCCAUCACCAGCAAUUGAAUUUGAAGAAUAUACAUGGCAACUACCAAAUAAACCUAUAAAUAUUGUAUCACCAAUAAAUUCAUCUCCCAAAUUGUCAAGAGCUCAAUCAAUGUAUGAUUUAUAUAAUUUAAAUGUAAUGAAUGAAGAAGAAUUUAAUGAAAUGACUACAUCACCAAAAUCAAUCAAUCAAGACUUCUCCAAAAUACAAAAUAGAAAGAAUAUACUUGAAAUCAAACGUUCGAAAACAAGUGUAUAUUCACCUUUAAUUAAUGAUAAAUCAAUAAAGAAUGUUUCUGAACAUAAUUUGAAACUGAUUAAAGAAAAAUGUAAAUUGAUAAUAGAUUCAAAAUCGAAAUUAUCUAUCCUAGGCUCAACUAUUAAAGUUGAACCUACAAAUUUUGAUAAUUUAGUUUUUAAACAUAGGCCCCUAAACUCGUCAAUUGCUUACACUGACGAGAUUAGAGGUGAGUUUGGUGUUCAAAGUUGUCCAAUCAACAUAAAAUUAGAACAACAAAUUUUGAAUACAAUGAAGAACGAUUUAUCAUUUUAUCAAAAAAAUUUUAAUUAUGAUGAUGUUACGAUUAGAACUAUAUUUAUAAGUCUUAAAGCAAGAGAAAUUAAAUUGUUGGAAAUGAAUACUGCAUCGCUGAUUUUCAAUGAUAAUACAUAUAAAAUGAAAUCAAAGAAAGUAUUUACACAAAAUAGAAAUACAGGUAAUAAAGAAAUGAUUGAAAAAGUUGAAGAUAUAUUAAAUGAUAUAAAUCAAUUGUUUAUAAAUCAACAAGAAUUGUAUCAUGAUAAAAAACAAUUUAAUUCAAACGGGAAAGAAUUUUAUAAUAAUUUAACAAAGUUAGUAUAUAAAUUAUUAGGAUAA